AUGGAUAUGAAGGAGGAAGAAACAUGUGGCUCAAUAUGUUCCAAGACAAGUGUUUCAAUUAAUGAAGAUGGUUGUGAAAUUAGUGAUGCAAAUGAAGAUUAUCAAGCAAGUAAGCAAAACAACAAUGGAGGAAUAAGCUCAAGCAAUAGUACUAUUGAGGAGAAUUCUGAAAAGAAACCAUCAGUGAGACCUUAUGUUAGAUCCAAGUUUCCUAGACUACGUUGGACUCCUGAUCUUCAUUUUCGAUUUCUUCAUGCUGUUCAAAGACUUGGUGGACAAGAGAGAGCAACUCCAAAAUUGGUUCUUCAAUUGAUGAAUAUAAAAGGUUUAAGUAUUGCUCAUGUGAAGAGUCAUUUACAGAUGCAUAGAACCAAGAAAGUAGUUGACACAAAUCAAGACAAAAAUAUUUAUAAUCUCACCCAACUUCCUAUGCUUCAAGGCUAUACUCCAAAUCAAAGUUCAUCAUAUAGAUGUGGAUACGGGGAUGCAUCUCUUUCUAUGUAUGAAAACAUGGUGCAUAUGAGUUCAAUAAAUGAAUCUAGAGCUGAUUUCUAUGGAAAAAUGAUUGAGAGAACAAACAAUAAGACUCGUAGUGUUUUCCAAGUGGAUUCUUCCAAUUUUAGAGAACUAUUAUCAACAAGUCAAGUUCAUGAGCCCAAAGAAAAUUUCCUCUCAUUUUGUAGCCAUGAAUCUUUAAGAGAUAAUCUCCAUACUCAGCCAAUAGUCCAAGACUUCAUGCAAAAUGAUAUUUUGCCUGCAAAUCAAGUAGAAUUGAAGACACUAAAAAGAAAAGCUUCAGAUUUGGAUCUUGAUUUGGAUCUAUCACUUAAAUUAAGUUCAAGAAACAUCAUUGGUGAUCAUAAGAAGCAAGGAAGUAUUGAAGAUCAUCUAGAAGUUGACAGCAAUUUAUCUCUCUCUUUGUAUACUCAAUCCUCUUAUGAUGAUUCUAAGGAGCAAGAAAAAAGAGUCAAUAUAGGUUUGGAUCUAACCAUAUGA